AUGAUUGUGAAACAUAUAAAAAGCGCCGAGAGCCUCGCCGAGCGGCCUCGCCCCGAGCGGCCGGAGGCAGCGGCUCGCCCCGAGCGAGGCGCGAGAGGCGCCGAGCGGCAGCCUCGCCCCCGAGCGGCCGGAGGCGCCGAGCGUCGCCCCGAGCGGCCGAGUCGCCCCCGAGCGGCCGGAGGCGCCGAGCGGCAGCCUCGCCCCCGAGGCGGAGGCGCCGAGCGGAGCCUCGCCCCCGAGCGGCCGGAGGCGCCGAGCGGCAGCCUCGCCCCCGAGCCGGAGGCGCCGAGCGGCAGCCUCCCCCCGAGCGGCCGGAGGCGCCGAGCGGCAGCCUCGCCCCCGAGCGGCCCGGAGGCGCGAGCGGCAGCCUCGCCCCCGAGGCGGCCGGAGGCGCCGAGCGGCAGCCUCGCCCCCGAGCGGCCGGAGGCGCCGAGCGGCAGCGGCAGCGCCGAGCGGCAGCCUCGCCCCCGAGCGGCCGGAGCGCCGAGCGGCAGCCUCGCCCCCGAGCGGCCGGAGGCGCCGAGCGGCAGCCUCGCCCCCGAGCGGCCGGAGGCGCGAGCGGCAGCCUCGCCCCGAGCGGCCGGAGGCGCCGAGCGGCAGCCUCGCCCCCGAGCGCCGGAGGCGCCGAGCGGCAGCCUCGCCCCGAGCGCCGGAGGCGCCGAGCGGCGCCUCGCCCCCGAGCGGCCGGAGGCGCGGAGGCGCAAGCCCGCGACCGACUUGCUCGGGCCGGAAGGCGGCGCUCCACCGGGAACAGGGUUUAGAUUUUGCUUCACUGCAUUUGUUCGAAAAAGUGUCUUUGCACAAAUGAAUAGUUAUAUUAACUUUAAUGCUGAUAACUUCUACUUUAUUUGA